UCCGUUGCUCUCUUUCGAACGUGGUGGGAAAUUCUGCCUUUUGAAAGGAAGACAACAGAUUGAUUGGCAGUGAAAAAUUCUUGUGUAAUUAAACGUGACUCCGGAACUCGCGGAAUGCAACGCACUUCUUCUAUGGGUUGACAACUUCCCAGAAGCAGCACUGCCGGAUAAUAAUGGAGAGAGGCGUCUAUUAAUCGGUGUGCCAUCGUGAAGCACCAACCUAUUUAGCUUCUAGAGAGUGCUGAAGGAAUGGAAAAAAAAGUGGCAAACAAACAGAACCGAAGAAAUGUACUCGAGUGAAUCGUAGCCGAAAAUGAAUCGACGACUGUUUAAUGAAAUUAAUUAUGUAUCUGUCAAUGUCAAUCUUUCUGCAACGAGCAGCAUCCCCAUUGAACAGGGCAAUGGCACUGGUGGCAGUCUUGGCUACUCUAAUGCUUCCAGUUGCGUCAGUUCCUGAAGUGACGACAGCCUCCACGGGUGCAGCAACGUUGGAUCCCCAUCAAAUCUCCUACCUUAUACUAAGUCAAUCAUCCGCGCUUCAUUUCAAACGGGCAACUGUACUGCGAAGAAGUAUUCUCGAACAGCAAUUGAAACUAAAUUCUCAACCACCCACCAGCGAGAAUGUGCAUCUAUCACACGAGAUUUUCGCCGACCACGAGGGCUCCUGGGCCAUCACACCGAUGCUGAGGCACAUCCGGUCCAGUAUCCUGAAAGCGACGCAGGCCGGCACCCGCUGGUUGAUCAUCUGCGAAGAGAACAGCCACGUGAACGUGAGUCUAUUAGCACACCAUUUGGGAAAAGAGGAUUAUCGGCAGGAGCUAUUCCUGGGUUAUCCGCUGCACGACCGCGAGGCAACCAUUAUUCAUCAUUUUGCGUUUUUCAAAAAUCCAUCAAGCUUCCUCUAUCCAUACCUGCGGGCCGGGAUCGCUCUUACCGUCCCGCUGGUGGAUCGCCUCCUGCAGGUGCUAUCGAGUGCGGGCACGACGCUGACGGAGUUCUUCAUCGAUGCAGCCCACGAGUUUGCCCUGCUGGCGUGGAAUCGAGGCACCGGAAAUCGUCUAACACCGGCCGCUUACUUCUGUGCCCACCCCGCCGAAGGUUGUGCCGUCUACGCCAAACCACUGACGCUGCUGCCGGAGGAAACAUGUAACCAUCACCCACCUGUUGCUGGCAGUAGUGGAACAGCAGCAGUGCCACCAACGGCAUCGGCCCCAGCCCCAAUUCUGUUUGCCGUGAAAACGUGCGAAAAGUUCCACGAGGAACGUGUCCCAGUACUGUUACACACCUGGGCACGCUAUGUAGAACAUUUGCGGCUGUACAGUGACACCGGUGAUGCCAACAUACCGACGAUUGCGACUAACAUUCCCAACACCAGCAUCGGUCACUGUGCGAAAACGUUGGGAAUACUGCAACUGGUACACGAGGAGAUGUUUCGCAACCCCGCGCUAGCCGAUGUCAGAUGGAUUAUGCUGGUGGACGAUGAUACCAUUUUGAGCCCUUCGGCACUGGCUCGCUUCUUGACUUGCUUCGACCCGGCACAGGACGUCUACAUUGGCGAACGAUACGGGUAUCAUUUGCUCGCCCGAGAUGGCCAGGGCUACAACUACGUCACCGGUGGGGGCGGAAUAGUGAUUAGUGUACGGAUCCUUGGCGCAUUGCUACACUCGUGCGAGUGUCCUUCGGCAUCCUCACCGGAUGACAUGAUCAUUGCGGCUUGCCUGUAUCGACUCGGUGUACGUCCGAUUCACUCGCCACUGUUUCACCAGGCGCGUCCCUCGGACUACCCACCGGAAACCCUCGACCCGGCUAGUAUCUCCUUCCACAAGCACUGGCAAAUCGAUCCCUAUCAGGUAUACAACAGGUGGUUCCGGAAGAACGACGAAACCUGGUGGCACCGAGAACGACGAAAGUCUAUCCCUCUUCACCACAACGAUGACCAACCUACAGCCCACCCAACAGAGACCGAUUCCGGCGGCAGCAAGCCACUGCUCCAACCGAAACAUAUCAGUAGCGAUAACGAUAGCACACGACAGGAGCAUAAUCAUCAGCCUCAUGGCGCAGUAAAUGUGGUCUCUUCCCAACGAGGAAAGCACAAUCAAGCGCCCACCGGCAACGGGCAUCCCACGGAGAUGGAAACAGAUGCUGCUGCUAUCACUACCACAAGCAGCCGCAGUAGCAGCAGCAGCAGCAGCACUGCCGCUCCUACCGUCACGAUGAUAUCGAAUGAUUAUCAUCGUCGUUAUCAAAGCGAACAUAUCAGCAAACAUUUCUGCGAGAAUAAUGAGCUCCAAUCAAAUAGCAACUUGCUGCUGAAUCAGCAGCAGCCCCAUCAGCAGAACAGUGCCGGCCGAGGCAGCUUCCAGGAACAGAACAUAAUCAAACACACCGAACUGUGAGCGAGAAAAAGGGGAUAUUUUCUUGGCUUCACCCUUGAAUGUCUACGUGAAAAAAGCAGAAAAAGUUGAAACCGUGUAAGC